CAUCCAGGGCGCGACUAUGCAGCACAGACGUCCCCGGCGGCCAAGCCUGGGGUCAGCACAGGCCGCAUCGUGGCCGUCAUUGGCGCCGUGGUGGACGUGCAGUUCGACGAGGCGCUGCCCCCCAUCCUCAACGCCCUGGAGGUGCAGGGCAGGGACACCCGGCUAGUGCUGGAGGUGGCGCAGCACCUGGGUGAAAACACAGUUCGCACCAUUGCAAUGGACGGCACUGAGGGGCUGGUGAGGGGCCAGAAGGGGCUGGAAUGGGGCACCCCCAUCCGGAUCCCUGUGGGCCCCGAGACCCUGGGCAGGAUCAUGAAUGUCAUCGGAGAGCCCAUUGAUGAGAGAGGCCCCAUCACCACCAAGCAGUCUGCCGCCAUCCAUGCCGAAGCACCCGAAUUUGUGGAGAUGAGCGUGGAGCAGGAGAUCCUGGUCACGGGCAUCAAGGUUGUGGACCUGCUGGCCCCGUACGCCAAGGGGGGUAAAAUUGGCCUGUUCGGCGGUGCCGGGGUGGGCAAGACCGUGCUCAUCAUGGAACUGAUCAACAACGUGGCCAAGGCUCACGGCGGCUACUCGGUGUUUGCUGGCGUGGGGGAGCGGACCCGCGAGGGCAAUGACCUCUACCACGAGAUGAUUGAGUCUGGCGUCAUCAACCUCAAAGACACCACUUCCAAGGUCGCGCUGGUCUACGGCCAGAUGAACGAGCCCCCAGGUGCCCGCGCUAGAGUGGCUUUGACCGGCUUGACUGUGGCUGAGUACUUCCGGGACCAGGAGGGCCAGGAUGUGCUGCUCUUCAUUGACAACAUCUUCCGCUUCACACAGGCUGGCUCUGAGGUGUCUGCACUGCUGGGCAGGAUCCCCUCAGCUGUGGGCUACCAGCCCACCCUGGCCACCGACAUGGGCACCAUGCAGGAAAGAAUCACCACCACCCGUAAGGGCUCCAUCACCUCUGUACAGGCGAUCUACGUGCCAGCUGAUGACCUGACUGACCCCGCACCUGCCACCACCUUUGCCCACUUGGAUGCCACAACCGUGCUGUCCCGUGCCAUCGCAGAGCUGGGCAUCUACCCGGCUGUGGACCCGCUGGACUCCACAUCCCGCAUUAUGGACCCCAACAUCGUGGGGCACGAGCACUAUGAUGUGGCUCGUGGUGUGCAAAAGAUUCUCCAGGACUACAAGUCACUGCAGGACAUCAUUGCCAUCCUGGGCAUGGAUGAGCUGUCAGAGGAGGACAAGCUGACAGUGGCGCGGGCCCGCAAGAUCCAGCGCUUCCUGUCCCAGCCCUUCCAGGUGGCCGAGGUCUUCACCGGUCACUUGGGCAAGCUGGUACCGCUGAAGGAGACGAUCAAGGGCUUCAAGGCAAUCCUUGCAGGCGAGUACGACCAUCUCCCCGAGCAGGCCUUUUACAUGGUGGGGCCCAUCGAGGAGGCUGUGGCCAAGGCGGAGAAGCUGGCAGAGGAGCACGCGUAACUUUGGCCUGUCUGUGUCCCCCCUCCCCCCCCACCUGGCAGCUGCAAAGCCUCGUCGUCGUCAUCGUCCGCGCAGUAUUUAACAUUUCCAAUAAAACUGUGGUGGAAAACGUGAA